AUGGCGCUUUGCGACUUUCUAUUUAAAUUGCCAAAUAAAGAAGAGGUGGUCAUUGCUGGCGACAUGAACGGACACUGUGGUUCGGACCAAAUAAACUACGAAUCAGUUCUUGGCAGGUAUGGAGUGGGAGGAAGAAACCCUGAGGGUAUCAGAGUCCUGGAUCUAUGCUUUGCCCAUAAUCUUCAGAUAGCAAAUACAUUCUUCAGGAAAAGGGAACAACAGCAUUGGACCUAUGCCAGUGGCGAUAGACGCAGUCAGCUGGAUCUGUUCCUAUGCAAUCGAAAUGUUCGGCGUAAUAUCACGAAUUUCACGACUUUCCCAGGAGAAUGUAUAGCACCGCAACAUAAACUAUGCUGUGCAUAUUUCAAAGUUAGAUGUUCUAAGACAAAGAAAGCGAAAGGCCAGAUAACCACGAUUAAAUCGCAUAAAUUGAAGGAUGCAGUGCAUCAAAGCCAGUUAAAUGAGAAGUUGAGUGAAAAAUUGUCACCAAAUAUUUCCUGGAAAGAAUUACAACACGCAAUUGUAGAUUCAGCUAGGACAGUUUGUGGAGUGAAAAGCAACAAGAAACAAUUCAAUCAUGACAAUUGGUGGUGGGACGAAGCUAUGAGGGAGACACUGAAAGCAAAGCGGGAAGCCUAUAAAAAGUUCAAGGCCAGUGACACAACUGCAAACAAACUCGUAUACGCCGAGUUGAAAAAGAAGGCCAAACGAGAAGUUUCUAGAGCUAAAGCUAACGCAUGUCAAAGGUGGUGUGCAGACUUAAAUAGCAAAAAAGGUCGUGAGAAAAUGUUCCGACUGGCUAGAUGCACAGCUACCGAAAGUCAUGAUGUUCGGGGAGGUAAAUUCAUUAAGAACGAAAGUGGCAUACUCCUCACUGACGGGACUGAUGUCCUCGAAAGAUGGCGCGAGUAUUUUGACUCGCUCUCUUCCAAACCAGCCAUCGGUUCUAUGAUGGACUCUCUUCCCAUACAUGGGCCUAUCAGGGAAAUUACCGAAACUGAAGUUGGCAAGGCAGUUAUGCAUUCAUCUGACGGUAAAACACCCGGACCAUCGUCCAUAACGGCUGAAAUGCUGAAAGCCUUGGACGCAUCCAAUUUCUCUGUCUUGACAAGCGUUCUACAAAGUGUCAUUGACUCGGGGAAAAUCCCGGAUGAGUGGUGCACGAGUGAUACCGUGACCAUCUACAAAGGAAAAGGGGACCCCUUGCUAUGUGGAUCGAGACAAUACGUCCCUGAGAAUCUAGUCAAAACGGUCAUGUCGUUAUACAGAAACUCGGUCUCCUGUAUGAGGCGAGGAAAACAAAGGUCAAACCAAUUCCAGGUCAACACUGGUGUGCACCAGGGCUCUGUCUUGAGUCCACUGCUCUUCAUUCUGAUAAUUGAAGAACUCACCAAGGAAUGUGGUGACGGAAUUCCAUGGGAAAUUCUGUUUGCAGACGACUUGGUGCUGACAAGCUAUGGGUACACAGAAGGUGCAGUGGCUUGCGGGCAAGCCAACGCCUCUCUGAAACCUUUGUUUGCAAAGUUUGCCAGAAUCCCAAAUCCAAGGCAACAGAUAGUAAAAUCACACUUGCAGAUGGUGAAAUUGAAAAGGGGAGACAUGACGCGACAUGUAGACGUGAAACACAAACCAAGUGCACGCAAAUUCCCCUGCUCAAUGUGUAGUUUGCAGGCUAAGUUCAGAUGGCAGCUGCAGACUCAUUAUGUCAAAGUGCACAAUCUUUCUCCUACAGUAGCAAAAGCAGCUGCUAAUGAAAGCUGA